GGCGGCGGCGCAGCGGGGCCGCCGCGGGGCUCGGCCGGGGCCGCGCAUGGCGGAGCGGCGGCGGCGGGGCCCGGGACAGCGGCGCGGCGCCGCGGGAGGUUGCAGAAUCAGCAUGUGUCUCCAAUAGUUAAAAAGACAGAAGCAGUCUCCGCCAGCCAAGAAACCAGCAAAAAUAUUUCACAAUGGAUGUAGACGAUGAAGAAAACAUGAGUUCGAGCAGCACCGACAUUAAAGAAAACCGCAACGUGGACAACGUUCCCCCCAAAGACAGCGGUGGGACGGGAGCCGGGGAGGGGACACAGCUCUCCAACGGUGGCAGCAGCAGCAGCAGGAAGAGACCUUUGGAGGAGGGCAACAAUGGCCAUUCCAAAUUUCGCCCCAAGAAGAGGAAGAAAAUGCCCGGCCCUGUUCUUCCAAAGAACGCCCUGAUGCAACUUAAUGAGAUCAAACCUGGUUUACAGUACAAACUCCUCUCCCAGACGGGGCCAGUCCAUGCCCCCAUGUUCGUGAUGGCAGUGGAAGUCAAUGGGCAGGUGUUUGAGGGGUCUGGCCCAACGAAAAAGAAAGCCAAGCUUCACGCUGCCGAGAAGGCUCUGCGGUCUUUCGUCCAGUUCCCAAACGCCUCGGAAGCCCACCUGGCAAUGGGAAGGACUCUGUCGGUCAACACGGACUUCACGUCCGACCAGGCGGACUUCCCCGACACCCUUUUCAACGGGUUUGAAACGCCGGUCCCUUCCGAUGCUUCCUUUUACCUCGGCUCCAACGGGGACGGCUCCUUCAGCUCUGGUGGGGAAUACGGUUUGCCGUCGUCCGCUGUGGCCAGCAGCCUUUCCCAGUCGCCUCUGCCCCCGCCAUCACCCUACCCCACUGCCAGUGGCAAGAACCCCGUCAUGAUCCUCAAUGAGCUGCGGCCGGGGCUGAAGUACGAGUUUCUCUCGGAGAGCGGAGAGAGCCACGCCAAAAACUUUGUCAUGGCCGUGGCGGUGGAUGGUCAGACUUUUGAGGGCUCGGGAAGAAACAAGAAGCUGGCAAAAGCUCGGGCGGCUCAGUUGGCCCUGGCAUCCUUGUUUAACAUGCAGCUGGACCAGACUCCAUCUCGGCAGCCCAUUCCCAGCGAGGGGCUCCAGUUGCACUUGCCACAGGUUUUAGCUGAUGCUGUUGCACGCUUGGUUGUAGAUAAAUUCAGUGAUUUGACUGAAAAUUUCACAUCUCCACAUGCACGUCGAAAAGUUCUUGCUGGAAUUGUCAUGACAACAGGUACAGAUGUGAAAGAUGCCCUUGUAAUAAGUGUUUCUACAGGAACAAAAUGUAUCAAUGGUGAAUACAUGAGUGAUCGUGGUCUUGCAUUAAAUGAUUGCCACGCGGAAAUUAUAGCUCGACGGUGCCUGCUGAAGUUUCUGUAUACACAACUUGAGCUUUACCUAAGCAAUAAAGAAGAUCAGCAAAAAUCCAUUUUUAUCAGAUCAGAGCAAGGCGGGUUUAAGCUGAAGGAGAAUGUGCAGUUCCAUCUCUAUAUCAGCACAUCUCCUUGUGGUGAUGCUCGGAUUUUCUCCCCCCAUGAAGCAGCACAAGAGGAUCAAGGGGACAGGCACCCAAACCGCAAAGCCAGAGGACAGCUGCGGACAAAAAUAGAAUCUGGGGAAGGGACCAUCCCUGUGCGCUCCAGUACCACUAUCCAGACGUGGGAUGGUGUGUUGCAAGGAGAAAGGCUGCUGACCAUGUCCUGCAGUGACAAGAUAGCGAGGUGGAACGUAUUGGGUAUUCAAGGAGCCUUACUUAGCCUCUUUGUGGAGCCAAUUUACUUCUCUAGCAUCAUCUUGGGGAGUUUAUAUCAUGGGGAUCAUCUAUCCAGAGCCGUUUACCAGAGGAUAGCAGAGAUAGAAGAUCUACCACCUCUUUAUACACUCAACAGACCUUUACUUAGUGGUAUCAGCAAUGCAGAAGCCCGUCAGCCAGGGAAAGCCCCAAACUUCAGUGUGAACUGGACAGUAGGAGACACUGGUCUGGAAGUGAUUAAUGCCACGACUGGCAAGGACGAGCUGGGCCGUGCGUCCCGCCUGUGCAAGCACGCGUUCUACAGCCGCUGGAUGCGCAUCCACGCCAAGCUUUCCUCCAGCUUGCGCUCAAAGAUCCUCAAGCCCAACCUGUACCACGAUACCAAGCAAGGAGCCACUGAGUAUCAAACUGCCAAAGAGUGUUUGUUUAAAGCAUUCCUGAAGGCAGGACUUGGAGCCUGGGUGGAGAAGCCCAUAGAACAGGAUCAGUUUUCACUCAUGGUCUAAUUCACAAACUGCACAUCACUUUGGUAAGGGAGUUGUUCUGGAAAUUCCUGGUGUCCAGCAUUGCUUUCUGGCAUCUCCACAGCCAUCAAAACAUCUUUUUGCUGUUUGGAGUUGGGUUUCUUUGGGGUUUUUUUGAAACUUCACAGUAACUGUUUCUGUUUCGCCUGAGUAAUGAAACUCAAUGAUGAUCUGACACAUAAUUGUAUAUUUUGUUAUAGGAAAGUAAUUUCUGGUGUAUUUCUAGAAAUACUUUUGCUGUAGAAAACCUGCAGUAAGGCUGUCCUUACUGUAUACAAUGACUCAUUUUUUCUGGGUUAAAAUAAUUUCUUUUUUUAAUUCAGUGUCAUCAAGUGCAUGAAGAAAUUAAAAGUUUCUCUAGGUUUUACACCACACUUUUAGGAAGUAGCUUAAUUUUUUAAAAAUAGGUGACAAAGCUGAUUCUACUGCUCUGUUAACUUGUUUUUGAACUGCAGAUAUUUUUAGCACAUAGACAACAGAGCCAGAAUGGAGUCUGGACAGCUAGUUUUUUCCCAAUUCCUUGCUCUUUAAAACCAGCUGCUGAAAAUUUCAUGUCUUCGAUGUAUGUAUUUAUUAGUCUGUGACCCAGUUUUUAACAUGCAGCUUUUUAUUCUGUUUUUAAAAAUACAUUUACCUCCCAUUUACACCCAUUGUGAAGUCUUCAUUUUUUUUUACCAUUGUAAACUGGAAACAGCAAAAAUAAUUAUUUGUAAGUUAAGAAGUUUAGUCUGUAAUGUGCAGAAGCCUAUAACGUUUAGAAGUAGGUGACUUGUAUAUCCCAGGAACUCAUCAGAAGACAACCUUAACUGUAACAGUAAUGUGACAGCUUAAAAAAAAUUUGCUCGUUUUAAGGGCACUAAGCCUGAAUUGCCAAAACCAGUCCCCUGUUGGGUAUUAAUGAGAAACUCUUGGAAUGGACAAAAGAGUUGUUAAAACUUAUUUCCUGGGCGUUAUAUCUGCUUUCACCCAAGUUGUUGUGUCUCUGAGGUUUCGUUGCCUUUUGGCUUUACAUGUGUGAUGGGCUUCAUGAAGCUAACUGGGUGCACUCAUUUGUUUUGACUGUUACUUUAAAAAGUGUUUUUCCUAAAGGUGUAGACACUUCUGCUUUAUGUCAAACUGUAAGAUAGAAGCGGAAUAUUGUGAGGUCCAUUCGAUGAACUGCUGUGCAGGAGGAGUUCUCAAAACCGCUUUUUAGUUCAUGACAUCAGUGGCAGAUGAGGUGAUGUGUGGUACGGGACGUGUCCAAACACAUCCUGUGGCUCGUGCCCAUGGAGGUGUCACCUGUGCUCUCUGAAGAUCAUCUCAGAGACCCUCUGUGCUCCCUGUGCAAACCAGGGGAUGCUUCACGGCACGGGGCUUCUCCUGACCAAACCAAAUCCGACCAAACCAACACUCCAGCUCUUGGUUCCUGUUCUCUGCCUCACUGCCCCUUCCCUGUGCCACGCAGGACGUCAGACCAGCAGGCUGGUCCGUGCUCUGAAGUCAAGGGUUGCUCAUAGGCCCACAUGGGGCCGGAGGUGCAGGUGGAGCUGUGCCGGUGCCUCUGCGGAGCAGUGGAGCGGAGCAGGAAUCGGUUUAGCCGCAUGGCCAAAGCCUGCAUGUUGUGGGGCUGUAACUGGAGCCAGGUACCUCAGCCCCAGCACCUCUGGGGUUAGCAAGUACCUGGGGUGUUGGAGACUUUGGUGUAAAACCACUUUGGGAUGAUCACGAAUGCCAAGACGUUACUGCUCAAGUAGGAACCUAUUUUCCACUUCAAGAAGUGACCAGACAUGAAAAUCACUCGUGCAUUAGUUGAAGCCUCAGGGUUAAUGUCUUGGAAGUAAGGCACUGAGGUGCCAACAAUACAUUUGGGUGAUUCUAUGGAUAAUAGCAAGCACUGCUCUGGGAGGGCAAGAGAGUCUGUGACCUAGGGAUCCCCUCAGAAAAGUCUGAUGCUUCCAGAGGUUACUGCCUUUUCCAGCUGCCAGGGGGACAGGCUGCAAGAGAUGGGCUGUGUUAAUUCACCCUCAUAGGUGGCUUCAGUUACCCUGUCUGCUUCUCAUUAAAACUAAAAGCACUCCCAUGGCCCCUGCAAGCCCAACAAGGCUCUUGCAGUCAUCAUCCAACUGAGGUGUACACUGACCUAUUCCAAAAGGAAUUUAAAUGCAUGUGGUCAGAUUUUGUAAGCACUGGGGCAUUGGCCUUGUCUUGUUCAUGUGGCAGAAGUUCUGUUUAGGGGCUGUAGUUGAGUAUGGGAAUGUUUCUGCAGGGUGGAGGAAAAGCUGUUCACACCAUGUGCAUUUUCUCAAGGUCAUUACUGCUCUUAGGUGAAAUACACAUUUUUAAGGGACUCAUUGAAAUGUUGGUGUCUCUCUGAUUUUUUGAGGACUAGAAAAGUAGUGACUCAAACUAUUUUUUUUUAAUGAAGUCAAAAAUAUGAGCAAAAUAUUUGUUUUAUUAUAGACUUAGUUUUUUAAGCUGUUUGAAUGAACAAUCAGAAUUAAACUGUAAAGGAAAUACGUUCCAUGCCAAAACCUUUUGACAAAGGAGUGGUGUCAGGUUAUUUAUGAGGAAUGAGUUUUCCUGUUUAUAAUUCUAGGAUUUUAAAAAGAAGUUUUCCAGGGUUAUGUGCAAUCCAUAUCUGUCUUCUGGGAGUCAGUAAAAUACUGCUUGGCUUCCUUCAAUCCCUCGUUCCUUUUUGUGCAGUUCACACACAGAAGGCAGUUGGGAGGGUUCCCUGCAAAUCACUAUCACUGAGCAAGAAGGGAUAGUGAUGUAUAUAAUUUCAAGUGACUGCAAAAGAUAAGGCAACUUAGCCUCUGGCAGUUGCCAAAUUUUGUGGGAGACCAGCGCUGGAAGGCUGAGGGGUCUGGAAAGCUGGAUGGGUGGGAGCUGGCCUGCACAGGGGACUUGUACUGCUGCUCUAGGAGCUGCUUCUGUUCUUUUACUUCCCCCCCCUUAUUUUUGAUUGAAUAUUUAUAUAAUUAUUUUGAUUGAAUAUUUAUAUAAUUGUAAUUGAGUGUUUGUCUCAGGACCUUCAAAGGACUUAGAGCAACAACUUUAAUGUUGAUGAAUACUUGAAAUCUAAUUUAAGAUGUUUUUUCUCCAGAUGGCAGUCUGGCUGUAGUAAAGUUUGUAGGUUAUGAAAGUAGGUAAUUUUAAAUAUAGAUGUUUGAAAUAUAUAUAUAUAUAUAUACAUAUAUAUAUAUGUUAUGCAGGAUCAUUUUAAGAAAAUCUGGGCCUAAAGGUUAACACUUGAAAUAUCGCUUAUGGCUGUACUCAGGACCUGGUAAUAACUGUAGAUUACUUCUUACUGCUUGUGUCUGAGUGUUUCAUGUAGAGCCUGUCAGCCACACUUCUCCCCCAGCGGUGUGGAUGUCGCACAGGUGGUGAUGGGAAUGGUGACUCCACUUGCUUAGGGAUGUGCAGCAGUGGGGUGUCUGGACAGCUGGCAAUUCUCAUCUUCUCCUUGUCUUAGAGAAAUCUUUUCAUGGCUUGUUACUUCAUAGGAAGCUCAGCGGUAGAAGAUUUUUGGGUGCUGUUGCUCUAAAUCGAAAAUAACUUGCUGCUGAGAGGGUGAGGAUCUCAGAACUGGUGUUGCAUUUCAUCAGUCCAGUUCUGAAGACAGGCUGGGAGAGCUGGGGGUGUUCGCCUGGAGAAGAGAAGGCUCUGUGGAGACCUUAGACCCCCUUCCAGUGUCUAAAGGGGGCUCCAAGAGAGCUGGAGAGGGACUUGGAACAAGGGCUUGGAGUGACAGGACAAGGCAGAAUGGCUUCCCACUGACAGAGGGUAGAUUUUAAUUGGAUAUAGGGAAGAAAUUCUCCCAGUGAGGGUGGAGAGGCCUGGCACAGGUUGCCCAGAGAAGCUGUGGCUGCCUCAUCCCUGGAAGUGUCCAAGGCCAGGUUGGAUGGAGCUUGGAGCAACCUGGGCUAGUGGAAGGUGUCCCUGCCCAUGGCAGGGGGUGGAACAAGAUGGUCUUGAAGGUCCCUUUCAACCCAAACCGUUCCAUGAUUCUGUGAUGUCCAAGAGUGCUGUCUACCCCAGGGAAAACCCCAAACUCACCCUGCUCUCAGUGCAAAUAUGCAUGAGUUAAAACUGUUGGUUCAGAGUGUUUGGUAGCAUGAGGCAGAGCCUGUGUCAUGGAGAAGUGCUGCCUUUGGAAACCAAGCUGUGUUUAAAAAAAUAACCAGCCAGGAAUUGAGAAUCAGGUCUAAGAAUUGACUUAGUCACAGUCACCACAUAAUUAAAAUUUUGGGUUUUUUAAAUAUCCAUGGUUUUUAAAAUAGUUGAUUAUUGCCAUUCCUUAAAUUUAUGUUUGGAAGGCUCAUGCUUGCAGAGAAGCUACACUUUGCAUUCUUUGCAUUUUUAUCCUUAUAAAGCUGUCCACUGUGAAAAUUAUCCCAAAGUUUACUGGAAAGGAAGAAGAAUUGCAAUUCAGGGAUACAGUCAGAACAAAAAUGUCUCAUGUCGCUUAAAACCUAAAAACCCGCAGAAAUAAAAUGUAUAAAAUACAAUUAUCCUGUCUCAGAAUCACCGUGUGGUUUUUGUUGGGUUUCUUUAUCUAUUUGUUUAUUUAUUUAUUUAUUUCCUAAUAGGAAAUGUUUUCAGUUGAGCUUAAAAGAUUCCUGUGGGGAAAGGAGGUAAUGUUGAUCCUAGAGCUAACAGAGGCACAGGUUUUGGUAAGGACACAAGGAAGAUUUCGGAAGGGACACUGAACUCUGUGCCAUGGGGCUGGAAGGGGACAGUUUCCCCCUGUCCUACUGGUGGCUCAGUGGGAUGGAUGUGCUCAGCCAUUGCUGAGUCAGCAUCUGAUGGAAGCAGGAGGAGGAGGAGAGAGAAAUUGAAAUCGCUGCUCUCUCUAGUUUCUAAUGUAGAAAUGAUGGCACAGGAUGGGAAAUUUGCUGGAGAGGCCCUUGUGCAGGAGACAUGGGGAGCAUGGACCAAAGGAAUUACCCACUUGGCUUGCUGCCCUUCCUUUAUGCAAACAACUGGUCUGGAGUAUUUCCAACAAUUUUGGGUUGAUUCCCCGUGCAAGAAAAUCAUGUGGGUCUCUGGGCAGGCAGGCUGGGUAUUUAGAGCCACCAGCUGGGGAGGGUGUUUCAUCACUAGGCAGGUUUUUGUCCCUAAAACACACCUGGGGGGGAUGGAAAUCAGUCCCUUAGUACAUCCACUGGCGUUGUGUGCCUGAGCCAGUAUGGUGCUUCCAACAAAACUGCUGCUUCCGUCACUUCUGUUGAGCUGGGAACGAUGCAAACCAAGGGGGGCUGCGGGAACCGAGCUGGGGCUGGAAUCCUGGACCUGGCAGGGCUGUGGGGAGCAGAUAGGACACGAGUUCCUUGUUGGGUCAUGUCAGUGCAUGGUGUUCUUUAGAGCCUUCCCAGCCAAAGGGCUGUCCUGUCGCCUGUGAAUGACCGGGCGGUUAAUUGCACCGGCAGCAUUUGCGUAGGCAGGAAUGAGUCCUGGGGGUAGUUGUGUUUUUGUUUUCUUCAGUCAUUCCAGGAAAGACGAAUUGAGAGCCGUGUUUGCAGCCAGCCUCGGCAGAUGGAACAGUUUAAGGAAUAUCUGUUCUCUGGAGGGAAAGAUCCACAGUCGAUGUCACUGCACUGUUUUCACAUUUUUAAUAUUGUCGUUGUUAUCAUACCAAUAUCAUUUCUGUUGUAGUUUGACUGAGGCAUCCUUAGCAAAUUUAGGAUCAAAGGGGGGUGUGUGUGUGAAUAUGUACUUAUACAGACAUAUAUAUAUAUAUAUUGCUGUAUAUUAUUUGCAUUAAGCAGUUAUUCUUCCCCCAUCUUCCUGUGUGAUAGUGCAAAUACAUUGGUUUUACCUACCUGGUGUAAGGAUAUUAAAGAACACUCUCAGACGCUGUCCUUGACACUUACUUUCUCCAUUCAUAACCCCAACUUCGAAGACGAGACCUUGUUAUACCUCUGGUUUGUUGCUUCCCUUCCAGCACUCUUGUUCCUCUCCCAGUGUCACCACUGAAGCACAACCCAUUGGUUGAUUAUUCUAAGCAAUGACUGUUUUGCAUACUACCUUGCUUUGUUUAAGUAAUGUUUGUACAGAGAUUUCAAAAAUAUAAAGAGCUAUAUCAUU